AUGGGUGUCACCGGGCUGUGGACUGUGGUUGCCCCCACUGCCCGUCCAACCCAACUCGCCUCGCUCAACCGCAAACGCCUCGCAGUCGACGCCUCCAUCUGGAUCUACCAAUUCCUCAAAGCAGUCCGAGACAAAGAGGGCAAUGCUCUACGUAACAGCCACGUUGUCGGCUUCUUCCGGCGCAUAUGUAAACUGCUCUACUUUGGGAUCAAGCCCGUGUUCGUGUUUGAUGGCGGGGCGCCGGUUCUGAAGCGAGAGACGAUCCGAAAGAGGAAGAGAAGACGAGAAGGCAGACGGGAAGAUGCGGCGAGGACGGCGGGAAAGUUGCUCGCCGUGCAGGUUGCGAGGGCGGCCGAGGAAGAAGAAAAGAGGCGAAGAGCGGAACGGGAGAGGACACCCGAAGAAGACUUACCUGAGGAUCAAGAGCUGGUGUACGUUGAAGAGCUGGGCAUGACGAAACAAGAACGCACGGCCGGUAGAGGCGAAAAAUUCAGGAAGAAAGACCAGUACCAUUUGCCCGACCUGGACGUGAGCAUUGAGGAGAUGGGUGCGCCCAACGACCCGAGGAUCAUGUCUCAAGCCGAGUUGGAAGAGUAUGCGCGACAAUUUCACUCAGGCGAGGAUAUCAACCUCUACGAUUUCAGCAAGAUCGACUUUGAAAGUCCCUUCUUUUUGUCACUGCCGGCUGGGGAUAGGUAUAACAUCCUAAAUGCCGCUAGGUUGAGGUCAAGGUUGAGGAUGGGCUACUCCAAGGAACAGCUCGAUGGGAUGUUUCCCGACCGUAUGGCUUUUUCGAAGUUCCAGAUUGAGAGGGUCAAGGAGAGAAACGAGUUGACGCAACGACUCAUGCACUUGAAUGGUAUGGUGGAAGGAGACUUCCUGAGAGAGGGUGGUGGCAGGAUUGCUGGUGAGAAGGGGAAAGAGUACAUUUUGGUGAAGAAUGAAGGAGUAGAAGGCGGAUGGGCUUUAGGCGUGGUGUCGAACAGACAGGGUGCCGAGAAGGAGAACGCAAUCGAUCUGGAAGAUGAGGGGAAGUCUGAAGUGGAAUUCACCGCGGACUCGGAUCAAGAAGAGUUUGAAGACGUCGCAAUUGAAGGCUUGAAUCGGCUUCCAAAGACAUGGGCGCGGAAAAGGAAGGCUGGCGUGGAUUAUGAUAUGUCAUAUGAAGACGUGGCAGAAGAGAUUGCGAGAAAGAGGAAAGCGGUAUAUGAAGCAAGGAAGACCGCAUCGAAUGCUACAGAAGCUGCUCCGAGGCCUGCACGACCUGUCCCGCCUGCGGUGCAGAACACUACCGUGGUCACGCACGAGGACCCGCUAUUUGUUCCAGAGGACAAAACAGGGGCUGAAGACGAGGAUGAUUUGUUCGAGGAUGUACUACCACUGUACCCUGAGCCAGAGGAGAACGACGAGGAUCUGCAACGCGCCUUAGCAAUGUCUUUGGAGCAGCCGACCGACGACGACGGACAGGGCGGUGGAUGGGUGGCAGAAGCAGCUCCAGACGCAACCGGGGAGGAGUCUGCGGAAGAAGACGGCUUCGACUUACAAGCCGCUCUGGCAGAGUCAAGGCGAACCAAACCAAAACCAAAAACAAGUGUCGGAGACAGGAGCCCGAUGUCGUCAAAGGUGGCAACCACUGCCACGCCAAAAUUUGAUGGCCCAUUGCCCUUCGAGUCCCUCAAUCUCGGUCAAUCACUAUUGGGGAAGAAGAAAUCCAAGAAGAUUGAAGAAGAUCUAUCAGGUGGUUUUGAUCGGGAUCUUGGAGAAGAUGCUUUUCGUAAGGAGAGGCCUCCUCAGCCGUUGCCGGAAUGGUUUAAUGCUACCCCGAACAUUAAGGAUAUGAAAUCCCAGGCUGGAGCUGUCGAUGAUUCACACACCGUGCACGAAGAAAAAGAAGCCGAUCGAUGGGAUGCCUUACGGCGGCAUGAUACCAAGGAGGUGAUUGACCUCGAGGCCGAGGAUGAGGAAGGCAGGACUCAACGUCCAAUUGAUCUUGAAGAGGAACAUAUUGAAGAGGGAGUGCAAUUGUUAACUCAACCAUCUCAAGAAGCUGUCGAUGAGCUUGUCCCUCCUAGCCAGCCUGAGCUUCCCGAGGUUCAAGAACUCGAAGACCCAGAAAAAAAGAGAAGAGACGAAGAGCGCGAAAAACGAUACGAGAUUGCGCGACAAAUCGCAGCUGAGAACCUAAACGAGGAAGAACCACCACCGACGAUGGGCGAGAUUGCCGAAGAGAUACAAGCUCAACCGCCUCAACCAUCUGAUGUCCCUCAGUAUAAACCUGAGGCUGCUGCUCCUGGGACUGUCGCUGCCGCCGAAAGCGAUUUUGAGGAAGUAGAAUGGAGUGAGUCGGACAAUGAGCAGCCUGUACCACCAGCAAGUCCGGGAUCGCUCGGUACCGUCGAAGAAGAGUCUCCACGACCCCGACGCGAUACAAGGACUGCGGCACAAGAUGAAGACGAAGGCGAAGAAUUCGAAGACGUGGAAAUGGAGCCCGCUGUCGCGCCAAAUCAAGGUCAACAAUCGACCGAUGCUUUUCUCGAUUAUCCUAACGCUGAGCGACUUCCAGAAUUGAGCGACCAACCUGUCGCGGAAUCAAGCACCGCGGCAGUUCCAGACGCAGGGCCGAUCGAAGAGGAGGAAUUCGAUUACCUCUCCGCCUCGGAAGAAGAACUAAUGCGUCAACUAGCGGAAGAGGCCGAAGAACACACCCGUUUCACGUCCGCCCUCAACAAUGCCAAAGGCCCGUCGACUGAGGAAGCCAUGCGUGACUUCGAUGCCGAACUCAAAGCCUUGCGGUCCCAACAGCAACGCGACCGCCGAGACGCCGACGAAGUCACGCAGACAAUGAUUCAAGAAUGUCAAGCGCUGUUGAGACUGUUCGGCCUGCCGUACAUCACCGCGCCCAUGGAAGCCGAGGCGCAGUGUGCUGAACUCGUCCGCCUGGGCCUAGUAGAUGGUAUCGUCACAGACGAUUCGGAUAUCUUCCUCUUUGGAGGGACCAGGAUAUACAAGAACAUGUUCAAUGCGGCAAAAUACGUCGAGUGCUAUCUCUCUUCAGACCUUGAAAAGGAAUUUUUGUUGGAUAGGAGGAGAUUAAUCAGGUUCGCGCAUUUGUUGGGCAGCGACUACACCGAGGGAAUCCCUGGGGUUGGACCUGUCACUGCACUGGAAAUUCUGACCGACUUCGGGGAUCUAGAGGAAUUCAAGGCUUGGUGCGAGAAAGUCCAACUUGGGAGGCCACAGGAUCUGGAAAACCAAUUGACCACCCCUUUCCGAAGGAAAUUCCGGAAAACAGUACAGAAACGCCUGUUCUUACCCACAGGGUUUCCUGACUUGAGGGUUGACGAAGCAUACCUGGACCCGGAGGUGGACUCAAACCCAGAGCCAUUUCAAUGGGGCGUGCCGGAUUUGGACAAAUUACGAAGCUUCUUGAUGGCGACCAUCGGGUGGACGCAGGAGAGGACCGACGAGGUUCUGGUCCCGGUGAUUCGGGAUAUGAACCGGCGUGAAGUGGAGGGUACACAGAGCAACAUCACACGAUUUUUCUCAGGAGCGGUCGGUGUGGGCGGAAGAGGCAUCAAUGGAAACCCAGGAGCCGGAGCCCGCGGCAAGGCCCUCGCUGUUGGUGGCGAGGAUAUUGGACAAGCGCAAGCGCAGGCGGAGGCCAUGGCACCCAGGAAUCGCACGGGCAAGGAGUCAGGACGGAUGAGGAAUGCGUAUAAGAGGCUCAGGGGGGAAGCGGAGAAACGGAGGAAGAGACGAGAGGACGAGGCCGAUGAGGACGACGAUCAAAUGGAAAACGAGGAUGAGGUCGAAGUUCUUGCUGGACUCGGCGAGAUUCAAGGCAUUGAAGAUGCGGUAGGCCAACCUGGCACGAACGAAAAUCCGAUCUCCAUACCGAAUCGGUCUACAAAUGGGGAUGUCGACGACGAUGACGACGGAGGUUUAGCCGGAGACGAAGCCCCAUCCAAGCGCUCCUCGAAUUCGAAGUCGAAGUCGAGGUCCAAGGCCAAGGCCAAGGCGAAAUCGCAGGAUUCCGCGUCGGAGUCACGAUCAAAGUCGGCCAAGAAAGGAUCCAGGAAGAGAACAGUCGAAGACGACCUUGAGGACUAA